ACUGAUACAUAUAGCAGCAACUCUGCGCCAAAUUUUAUCGAACAGAAGAAACAUUUUGCGUCCAAGGUAUAACGCCUUCAACCACCAAAAGGAAGUCCACUUGAUUGAACUUUUAAAAUAAGCUUUUUGUCCACGUGUUUGAAAACUGCGGAGACAGAGGCGGCGAAGAAGAAACGCCGGAAGUUAGCAACACGCGGGGUUUGAGUGUGGACAAAAUGUGUAAAGUCCAAAUGCUAAGAGCGUUGAUGGAGCAGCGACUAAAUGCUGCCGUGGAAGAGAUAUUUGGACUGUUUGAAAGAACCAUAGCGGAGUACGAGGAGGAACUUUCGAGAACAAAAGAGGAGAACGCGCGACAACAAGAACUGUUGGACGCUUUUCUCAAACCUCAAGAUUUGCUACACAGACCAGACAUCCAACAGGUGUCAGUAGAGAGUCAAGAAGAGGUUCCAUCUGAACAGCAGGAGUCAGAGCUGCCCCAUAUUAAAGUAGAAGCGGAGGAACAGUCAAGUGAGCCAAACAGAGGGUCCAAGCCUCUAACUCAACACAUGACAGCAGGAGCUGAUGGAGAGCAUUGCAAAGAUAUCCACUCAGAACCAGACAGCAUCUUUGCCCCACUGUCAGACAUGGGCGACAUGUUGUCAGACUCUUCUGACACCGAUGAGAGCGACAACACCCAGGAACUUUUGCAGAGUAACAAGGACUCUAAAGGUGGAAUGAGACAUCACUCCGACUACAUUGACUCCUCUGAAAUUGGGAAAUCACGCGACAAAAGGGGGAGUCUGAAAAGACACGUGACAGUGCUCACUGGAGAGAAACCUUUUGCUUGCUCAUUUUGCGCUAAACCAUUCUAUUCAAAGGAACACAUGAAAAGACACAUGAUGAUGCACGCAGGGGUGAAUCAGUUUUCCUGUUCAGUUUGUGGUAAACGAUUCACAGAUCAAAAACACAUGAUAUUACACAUGAGAACACACACCGGAGAGAAACCGUAUGCUUGCUUUAUUUGCGCGAGAAGAUUCUCGUCAAACGAUUACUUGAAAAGACACAUGAUGAUACAUUCAGUGGGCAAUUCCUUUCCUUGUUCAAUUUGUGAUAAACGAUUCCGACAUAAAUAUGAUAUGAUAUCACACAUGAAAAUACACACCGAUGAGAAACCUUUUGCUUGCUCCGUUUGCAGGAAGAGUUUUUCCAGCAAGUACUGUAUGACCACACACAUGAGAACACAUGCGGAGGACAAGCAAUUUACCUGCUCGCUCUGCUGUAAAAAAUUCACCAGUAAGCAUUAUGUCAUGAUACACAUGAGAACGCACACUGGGGAGAAACCGUUCAGUUGCAACGUAUGCGAUAAAAAGUUCACUUAUAAGUAUCAGGUCGGCAAACACAAGUGUGCAACCGUCAUGGAAGCUGCAGGGACUUAAAUACCCUCAAACACAACAGCUUGUUUAAUAAUGUGUACUGUGUAUAUUUUAGACUUCAUAUGGUGCUUCUCAUCUUGUGCUGCUGUGUGGUGUUAUGCCUGUACUUUAGCAAUUGCAAAGGUGUGUGCUCAUGCUAAAUACUCAACUCAAUUGAAGCCACUUUUGUGUGACUGCAUCCACCAUUGAUAGUCAUGUUUAUAACGGUCAUUCAGUGUUUUUGUAAAAAAAUAAAUACAUAA